AUGAAGAAGUUCCGGAAGGUGUUGGACGGCCUGACCACAUCCUCUCCGGGAUCCACUAUCGGUUCCCCCUCGUGUGGCAGUGCGUCCGGUACUCCUACUGCAGCACACACUCCCCGCGAAAUCGACAUCCAGGAGACGCUAGUCUCGGAAAACUUUCAAAUUAGUAAGACGCCCGUGCUGGCUUUGUCGUCCGUCGGGGAUGAUGUCACUUGUUAUGGAGUUGCUUUAAGACUGGGACGGCCUGGUGUGGAUUGCUACUGUCAGCAUGAGAGCGGAGCGGCCGUGCUUCAACUACAGUUCCUCAUCAACGAGGGGGCGCUGGUCACGGCGUGCGCUGACGACACACUGCACCUGUGGAACCUCCGUCAGCGACGGCCUGCCGUCCUGCACUCCCUCAAGUUCAACAGAGAGCGGAUCACGUUUUGCCACCUUCCCUUCCAGAGUAAAUGGCUGUACGUGGGUACAGAGCGAGGAAACACCCACAUCGUCAACAUCGAGUCCUUCAUCUUGUCUGGAUACGUCAUCAUGUGGAACAAGGCCAUCGAACUGUCGACUAAAACACACCCAGGGCCAGUGGUUCAUCUGAGUGACAGCCCAAAGGAUGAAGGAAAGCUGUUGAUUGGGUUUGAGAGUGGGACCGUCGUUCAGUGGGACCUCCGUGCUAAGAAGGCGGACUACAGAGUCUCCUAUGAUGAGGCUAUCCAUUCAGUCAGCUGGCACCACGAGGGGAAACAGUUCAUGUGCAGCCACUCAGACGGAAGUCUGACACUGUGGAACCUCCGGAACACGGCAAAGCCUUUCCAGAUCACCUUUCCUCACGGUAAGAUCCAGAAGGAUGGCCGAAAGGAAUCAUGUAAACCUAUCCUGAAAGUGGAAUACAAGACAUCAAAGAGCAGCAGCGAGCCGUUUGUUAUCUUCUCCGGUGGGCUGUCAUACGACAAGGCUGGACGGCGACCCACGCUGACCAUCAUGCACGGCAAGGCCAUCACCGUCCUGGAGAUGGACCACCCCAUCGUCGAGUUCUUAGUCCUCUGUGAGACUCCGUACAACAACGAGGUCCAGGAGCCUUAUGCGGUGGUGGUUCUCCUAGAGAAGGACUUCAUUGUGGUUGAUCUGACACAGAGCAAUUUCCCCAUCUUUGAGAACCCCUACCCCAUGGACAUCCACGAGUCCCCUGUCACCUGUACGGCCUACUUUGCAGACUGUCCCCCGGACAUCAUCCCCAUCCUCUACUCCAUAGGGGCCAAACACAAGAAGACCGGCUACAGCCAGAAGGAGUGGCCCGUGAGCGGAGGAACGUGGACCUUGGGUUCUCAGACAUACCCGGAGAUCAUCAUCACCGGACACGCGGACGGGUCUAUAAAGUUUUGGGACGCCUCUGCAAUCACGUUGCAGAUGCUGUACAAGCUGAAGACGUCCAAGGCGUUUGAGAAGCCCAAAUGUGGGGAGGGUGGCCGUGCGGCCGAGCUGGUGGAGGAGGACCCGUACGCCGUGCAGAUGGUCAGCUGGUGCCCCAACAGCCGACUGCUCUGCGUGGUGGGCACCUCAGCACACGUCAUCCUCUACCGCUUCAGCAAGCACGACGCCAACACACAGAUAGUGUCGUUAGAGGUGCGUCUGCAGUGUGAUGGGGAGGAUGCAAUCUCUCCGUCAGAGACAGAGAACCAGCCCUGCUUCUCAGACCCCAGCUCCCACUCUCCCCAGCAGCACCAGCCUGUCAGCCCCGGGGCCAGGACCCCGGAGGGCUCCAGGGACAGCUCCCCCUUCCUCAAGGUGAAGAGUCGCCCGGUGCGGAUGCCCCCAGGCUACCAGGCUGAGCUGGUGGUGCAGCUGCUGUGGGUGGAUGGAGAGCCUCCCCAGCAGAUCACCAGCCUGGACAUCAACUCUGCCUACAGGCUUCUAGCGAUUGGGAACUGUAAUGGCCUAGCGGUGGUGGACUAUCUCCAGAAGACCAUCCUGCUCUGCAUGUCCACAGUAGAUCUGUAUGGAGGUGCAGACCCUUACCAACGGCUCACGCGCUCCCCGCGCAAGAACAGGCAGUCCACCUCAGGCCUUACGGAACUGUCCGACAACCAGGUGUCUCUGGACAUGGAGAGAAGCAGAUCACCCACAUCAGUUCCUUACCCAUCCACCCUUCACAAUGACCCCCGCGUCCUGCCCGAGGCUGUGGCCAAUCUGAGGGCCACUCACUGCAGCCCAGUGUUUUACUUGCUGGACAAUGUUAAGGGAUCCGGCAGAAAGUUAAGCCUGCCAACAGAUCUUAAGACUGAUCUUGAUCAUGUCAAUGGACAUUGCACUAGCCCCACGUCCCAGCCCUGCGCGGCCGGGAAGCCCCGCGCCCCGGCCUGUCCUGAGGGCUCUCGGCUGGCCCGGAGAGGGCCUGGAAGACCGCCCUUCCGAAAGGCCCAGUCCGCCGCUUGCAUGGAGAUCUCUUUGCCUGUUUCCCACACGGAAGAAAGCAGAGAGAACUCGUUCAGUCACUCUCGCAGCUCCAGCGUGUCGAGCAUCGACCGCGACACCAAGGAGGCCGUCAGCACGCUGCAGUUUGGCGAGUCGUACGGGCGCAAGGGUGACGCCCUGCCCACGCCGUGCCUGUGGGUGGGCACCAGCCUGGGGGUGGUGCUGCUCAUCCCCAUGUCCAUACCCACCGAGGAGGAGGAGAGGCUGGAGGAGCCCGUCACCAUCGGCCCUAGCGGUUCAGUCCUCAUGCUGAAGGGCUCCAUCCUGCGCUUUGCCUUCCUGGACUGUGGGGGCGCUCUGAUCCAGAGUCCCUACGAGGUGUGGCGGGACCCUAACGUUCCCGAGGACCCAGAACGGCCCCGAAGACGCAGGCUGGUCAACUUCUCGCCCUCGUCCUCCCAGGACGCGUGUGCGGACGGCCACCUGACCGUGGUGUGCUCUGAGAAGCAGGCCAAGGUGUUCCUCAUGCCCUCGCAGGCGUGCCUGUUUGUCCACAACAUCACAGAGUCCUCCUUCGUGCUGCGGGCCGACGUGGUGACGGUGUGUAACAGCGUGGGCCUGGCUUGCUUCUGCGCCAACGGUCACGUCAUGAUCCUCAGCUUGCCCAGUCUCAGGCCUCUGAUGGACGUCAACUACUUGCCGCUGACAGACAUGCGUAUCGCUCGCACCUUCUACUUCACCAACAGCGGCCAGGCCCUUUACCUCAGCUCCCCCACUGAGCUCCAGCGCAUCACCUACAGCCAGGAGAUGUGUGACAACCUGCAGGAGAUGUUGGGGGAGCUGUUCACGCCCAUAGAGACACCGGAGGCCCCGAACAGAGGGUUCCUCAAGGGCUUCUUCGGGGGAAACGCCCAAAACUUUGACCGAGAGGAACUAUUCGGCGAGGCGGCGGCGGGUAAGGCCUCCAGGAGCCUGGCGCAGCACAUCCCCGGCCCAGCAGGCAUGGAGGGCAUGAAGGCAGCGGCAGGCGGGGUGGUGGGAGACCUGGCCCGGGCCCGCAUCGCCCUGGACCAGAGGGGCGAGCGCCUGGGAGAGCUGGAGGAACGCACCGCCCUCAUGAUGACCAGCGCAGACACCUUCUCCAAACACGCUCACGAGGUGAUGCUGAAGUGCAAGGACAAGAAAUGGUACCAGUUUUAAUGGCAGACCAAUGGUUGGAAGUCUGCCCUUCGACCUGGUGGUGGAGCUACGCUUCGACACGGACUUCACUCUACCGAUGAGGGAGAGAGAGAGAGAGAUGAGACGGAGAGAAAAGAGUGACUUUGUGUACACAGGCCUCUCUGCGGGCUGUCUGUGCAGCAUUGUCAGAUGAGUGGUGGUAUUGGAUAAAGGCUGGUCGUUGGUGUAGACUGCAGUGAGAUGGACACAGACCAAGAUGGGGGGACCCAGGGGAUGGAACAGUCCACCCGUGUGGAACAGUCCAUCCGUGUGUGUGUGGGAGGGGUGGGUUUGCUUGACCUUGCUGUGUAGAUAUUCUAAAGUUAAGACAUCAACAAGACUGCAUGAAACACAAUGGAUGACUACAAAAAAUAACUACAACUGCCAUAUUAAAAAGCAGCAUGCUACUUUAACAGAGGGAAAUACUAAAUACAAACUUUUAUUUAAUAAUAUAAGCCAACAAACAGAAACUAUGAAAAACUUUAUAUUUUUUGAAAUAUUGAGAAAAUAUAUAUAAAAAGGGAAAUGUAUACCUGCAUUGCUAUGAAGCCAAAUUUUAUUUAUAUAUUUUUUGCCUUAUUUUUUCUUUGAUUUUUUAAACUAAACUCAAAUAAUUUCUGUAUCAAUUAAUACUUAUUACAAUACCAUUGCCAAUACUAGUCCCAUUUCUUUACUUAGACCUUAUGCUACACCUUAUUCUAUGCUAAACAUCUAUACUCCAAAUGUCUCCUUGUUACCUCCACACUCUUCAUGAAAUGGGGGCAGUGAAAAUACAAAUUAGUCAAUCAACACUUUGAGCAAAUGCACUAUCCACAUAUAAGC